CUGUCUGAUAACACGAAGGAGGAACCAACACACAGCUGCCUCCGACCAGAACGUCUCAGUUUCCUUUUCCAUCAGCGAGAAUUAUCCCCCAACGUUCAUGUCAGGGUUUGAAUUUUUUAUGUAAAUGACCAUAAUGCUGUCAAAGAAGGAGAAAGCGCUGAUUAAAGAAAUAUGGGAAAGACUGACUCCAGUGGCUGAGAACAUUGGCUCAGAAGCACUUCAUAGGAUGUUUGCUUCCUAUCCAGGCACAAAGACCUACUUCUCCCAUCUUGACAUCAGUCCUGGAUCCUCCCACCUGUAUUCUCAUGGGAAGAAGAUCGUCCUGGCCAUCGCUGAGGGUGCCAAAGACAUCAGUCAGCUGACCGUCGCCCUGGCUCCCCUGCAGACGCUGCACGCCUACCAGCUCCGGAUAGACCCAACUAAUUUUAAGCUGCUGUCUCACUGUAUGCUGGUCACGCUGGCCUGUUACCUGGGAGAAGAGUUCACUCCUGUUGCACACGCAGCCAUGGACAAGUUCCUGUCAGCUUUUGCUGCUGUGCUCGCUGAGAAGUACAGAUGAGAUUCAAGCUCAUGGAAUAUUUACAAUGCUGUGUAGAAAUAGUUAUCCUUCAAUUAUGAAUGGUUUGUUUUAAUAAAAAGUCUGCAAUAAACAGGCUCUGCUCAUGUUCUCAUUACAGGAGCAGAUAUUUUUAUUUUGAGCUGAAAAGGUUUUAAAGCAUGACCUCUGUUCCGUUCAAAAGACCUUCUAUGUGAAAUAGCUUGUUUGUUGCUGUUUAUUUAUUCAUUUUGUUUAUUUUUAAGACUCAUCCAUUUUACCCAAAACCUUAUUCAUGAUCAUUGCAGCUUAGAGACGCAACAUUUCAGAGAACCGUACUCCUCCUCCUCCUAACAUUAAAGGCGCAGUAUGUAAGAAUAUAGUGAAACAUUUACAGUGAGAAAAUCCCAAAAAUAGUCUGAUGUUUCAGUCAUUUUGGAAGGAAGGUUAUACUGAAACAUGUUUCAUAUCCAGCUGCUGCAGGGAUUGUCAGUUUUUCUCCUUUUUAAACAAAGGAAGGAUUAACGUGACAAUUUAUCUUCAGUGAGGGUGGGGUUGUGGUGUCUCCUGCGAGCUAAUACUGCCGUACCAACAAUUGUAAUUUGACAACGGGCAGCAAAAAGCUCCAGAGUUUUUUAAAGCGGUUGCAGUAACCAAAUUUUACCACAGUAUGUAAUUUUUACUUCAUUUCUACAUAAUGCACUUUUUAAUGCUCAUAAAAUGAUGAAAACAAAGAUCAUAAUUUCAUUUUUCAGCUCAGUGAAAAUAAAGAGGCUCAAAUGUUCUCAUCUAAAUAGUUAGAGGCUAAAUUUAGUUCAAUUUUUUUAUUUUACCACUGGAGGACAUUACCAUCCCUUUUAAUCCAAAUUGUUUACUGAACAAAAAAGUUAGUUCCAGCUAGAAUUUUAGUAUCUUUUUAUGAGUGGUUUUCUCUGUGGUUCAGCAAGACCGACAACAGUUGAUUUUGGUCCGAAACAUUUUUAGACAAAUGUGUAACGUCACAAAUGGCCUGAUUUUGAGAUCCCACAGGUCAAAUGCACAGCCAGGUCAACGUACCCUGGCUAUGACACAUCCUACAGUAUCUUUUCCCCUCACAGGAGUCUGGGAGUCUACACAUAGCCCCUUUAAUCAGAGCAUGCUUCCUCACACCAGCUGGACUGCAGCCCUGACAGAGAUAAUAAUAAAAUAAACAAUAACAGUCUUUCCUCCAAGGUCCAUCUCAGAGGAACUUUUUAAAAUAAACUCCUUUAAUCCAAGAAGAAGAAAGAAGAUUUUAUUAUUAAAAAUAAUCAUUGAAUGAACUUUUGUUAUUGCUAAUUAUAAAUAAUGAAAUGUUCAUUGAUCUGUGCUUAAUGAUAUAUGUUAGCAUGUUUACUGGAUGAGGUCAUCAACAUUUGCACUCACACAAGGACAGAGUAAAGUAAGUUAAUGCAUGACACAUAAGUUAACCUUUUGCCCAGAUUCAUAGUCUCCGAAUCAAAAAAGGGUGCGUCUCUGAGAUCCUUGGUAAUAUCCUCAAACAUGCCAACUUCUGGUUGGUCAUUAAUAGAUAACAUCAAUCCAUUAAAUCUAGUUUACUCUGGUUUUUCCUUCAGUUCAACUUCAGACAAAACAGUUCGAACAGUUCGAGUGUUUUUAAGAGGAAAAGCUUUAGACUGGCCAUCUUUUGCAUAACCUCUCUAACCAGUCUGUCAGUUAAGUCUGUCAAAACCCUUUUAACAUUUUUUUGCACCUGCAAAGCUGAAACAACAAGAUAGUUUCCUGCAGAACAAAGCUGACUCAAAACUCCUUCAGAGUUAUUUUUAAGACGCUUGGUUUCAUCUAUCGUUGUGACCCGGAGACAUCUGAGGACUGAUUUGGUCGCAUCGAGGUUUCUCUACGAACAAGGUGCAGUGGGGUCAUUGGCUCCUGGACAUCUCGGAUCCAAACGGGGUCUCCAAACGGGUGAGGUGGAGCACAGUGAGAUAGCGUCUGCAUGUGGUUUUGAUAACAACUUAUAGCUUAACACAAACCAAAUCAUUUUAUAUCCAGAACUCAGCUCUCGGAGAAACGGAGAUUCUGACUCUAUUACAUUAUAUUCACACAUAGGUUCCAGACACCAUCUUUAGUUAGCAUCCACUCACAGUAAAUAAUAGUUUAAACAAUUUGUCAAGUCUUAAUUGUUUGUAAAAUAAAUUCUGAUUUUGUUUAUAAACCUGACUGUUUCUUGAAUCAUUACGAAGUGUGUAUGAUCCCUUAAUGAAUAAAUGAAUCUUAGAAUCUUCUGACUAAAACAAAUAAAGACCAGGCAAGGUGAUAUUUAAAUAGAGUAUCACAGCUUAUUGGUCUCAAGUGGUGGUUCAAGCAAUUUACUUAACCCAAUUUACCCUCUAUUAUCAUUACAAAUGUGAGAGAACCACGCUAUCAACUUUUUUUCAUCUCCACAAAAUUUAUAGCUAUACUAUGUUAAAAAUGUAAAGAGGCAUAAAACUAUUUUUAAGCUAGCUUGUUUUCCAAAUAUACCACUGCAGCUUUAAUGCAGAGAAAAAGGCUAAAAUGUUUUCAUCUUAAUAGUUGAAAAAAAUAAUAAAAGUUUUGUUCCACUUCAUUUUUUACCUCUGGAGGGCUGUCUUCAUACCCUUCAGAAGGUAAGGAGUUGCACCCCUGCUCAUGCAUUAUUAACUAGUCCCACAAGUU